AUGCUUCUAUCACUUCUCGCCUGUGACUUUGAUGCAGUGGUACUUACAGAAACGUGGCUUCAUUCUGGAAUAUCAAGUGCUGAAUUAUCAAGUAACUACGUAUUGUAUCGCUGUGAUCGUAAUUCACUCAGCAGUCACUUGUCCCGUGGCGGUGGUGGCUUGAUUGCAGUGAAAUUUGAGCUUAACUGUAGUUCGGUGCAUCUAGUAGACUGUGAGAGUUUGGAGCAAACAGCCGUGCGCAUCAUUCUACCCCGGUUCUCAUUGUUCAUCUGUAGCAUCUACAUCCGCCCGAACAGUCAUGUGGAUACCUACGCCCGUCACGUUGAAUCCAUCCAUCAAAUUCAACAAAUGGCCAACCCUGAUGAUGUGAUCGUAAUCCUCGGUGACUAUAAUCUCCCGAAUCUAGUGUGGACCUUCGACGAUGAUUUCAAUUCAUUUUUACCUCUUAACGCAUCUACGGAGCAGGAACUAGCAUUAGUAGAACCAACACUGUCGUCUGGGUUAUAUCAAAUUAACGACCUACUGAACGCCAACGGUAAGCUUCUUGACUUGACAUUUGUUAACAACCCUGACCGUGUAAGUCUUGUCGACUACCCAUCGGCGCUCCUCAAAGUGGACGAUCACCAUAAGCCGCUGGCUUUAAUUGUUAACUUUUGUUCCCGAAUGGAAGAUGACUCUUCUUCUCGCUCUGAGCUUGAUUUUUCUCGCUGUGACUAUCAUACUGUAAAUAACAAAAUUGCUUCUCUGGAUUGGGACCGCAUACUUGACCAUACAUCAGUUGACAAUGCCGUAUCCACAUUCUAUGAACAAUUGAACGAAAUUAUUAGAGAAACAGUUCCGUUGAAGGCCCAGCGUUCUAGGAAUUUUAAUCAACCCUGGUGGACUCCACAGCUUCGAAAUCUCCGCAAUAGGCUGCGAAAAGCGAGAAAACGAUUUCUUCACGACAAAACUCCAAUACGCAGAAGAGAACUACACGAGGCCGAAGAAAAAUACAAGAACUUGCAGCUUGAAAGCUUCCGCAAGUACAUAAAUGCUCUUCAAAGCACAUUCAAACAAAAUCCAACUUCUUUCUGGAGUUUCGUACGGAACCGGAAAAACUUGACGCGGAUACCGGACAAAAUCGUUUAUCAAUCCAGCAACUCCGACUCACCACUUUCUUCUGCCAAUCUCUUUGCCGAAUUUUUCCAAAACAUGUAUGAAAGCAAUUCAUCUCAACCAACCCGCCAGUAUAUUGACAGUCUGCCAUCUUACAAUCUCCGUUUCCCAGUACUUGUGUUUGAUGAAGAUGUGGUGCAUAAAGCACUCAGUUCAGUAGAUGCAACAAAAGGAACCGGUCCGGAUCUUAUUCCCCGGUCUUCAUCAAGAACUGUGCAGCGAUGCUCGCCAGACCAGUUUCUAUGGUUUACAACCAAUCUCUGCGCGAGGGUAUUUUUCCCGAGACUUGGAAGCUUGCAUCGAUAA